AUGAUUAAAUUCUUAAAACGGAAAAUCUUUUCACGUUUUGGAACUCCCACGGUACUCAUCAGUAAUGGGGGAUCUCAUAUUUGUAACUCUCAGCUUGCAAAGGUACUUAAACAUUAUGGGGUGAGACAUAACGUGGUGGCACCUUACCAUUCUCAAACAAAUGGUGAAGCUGAAGUUUCUAACACGGAGAUCAAAAGAAUUUUAGAAAAGACAGUUGCUUUUUCAAGAAGAGAUUUGUUGCAAAAAAUAGAUGAUGCUCUUUGGGCAUACAGGACGACUAUGAAGACUUCUAUGGGCUUAUCACCUUUUCAGUUGGUAUAUGGGAAAGCAUGUCACUUACCAGUGGAGAUAGAGCAUAAAGCUUUGUGGGCUUUGAAAUUCUUAAAUUUUGAUCCUCAUGAAACUCAAAGCAAACAUAGAAGUCAACUAUUGGAUCUUGAAGAGAUAUGGUUACAUGCAUAUGACUCGUCUAGGAGUUAUAAAGAAAAGGUAAAAUUUUAUCAUGACAGGAAAUUAAUAAAGAGAGCUUUCAACCCUAGGCAGCUGGUGUUGUUAUUCAAUUUAAGGUUGAAGUUAUUUCUUGGAAAGCUGAAAUCAAAAUGGACAGGACCUUUAUUAAUAAAGCAUGUAUAUCCUAAUGGAGCAGUUGAAUUGGUGAAUCCAGCAAAGAAUGAUCCGCAAGAUAGUUGA